CGUAUCUGUCGGCUGGGUUGAACGGUGCUGGUGUGUUAUCCAUCCACACUUUUUUGUGGUGCUCCUUUGGGUGUUGCGUUUCGGCUUUUCCAUUCAUUAGGCGAAUACAGAAAAAUCGGCGUUUGGUGCGGUGGACAAGUGCGACAAGAUUUUCCAGCAAGACAUUUACAGAGUUAAGCAAAAUAAAAAAAGCAAAGCUGUAAGAGAAAGGCAACACCGAAGAACAAGAAAAAAAGAACAGUUUUGUGUGUGUGUGUGAUUAUUGUUUUUUUUUUUACUGUACAUUGUCGAUGUUUCGUUUCGUUUUGUUCGUCUAGUUCGUAAAAUCUAGAGAAUAAACAAUACCUCCACCUCAUGAAAUCGAUUAAAAAAGCAAAAACAAAUCAAGCCAAAUAAAAAAGCGUCAAAGUCUGCGUCAAACCGUUUGCCGUGGGGCCGUUCACGCUACACAAGUGUUGUUGAAGAAACAUUAAGACAAAAGAUUAGAAAACAAAAAAGAAAAAAAAACAAGAUGCUUCUCAGCAGAAAUAAACUCGGCAGCAUACGCCCGGCGAAACAUCUAAAGCUCGACAGUAUGGACGCACCGGCCACGUCCGAUAUCGUCAUCAUCAAUGGGAACUCUCAUCCGGAUCUGGCGAACCUGAUUGCGAAUCGGCUUGGUGUGGCGAACGGUGGAUGCGCGGUUUAUCACAAAACAAAUCGCGAAACGAUGGUAGAAAUUGGCGAUUCCGUGCGCGGCAAAGAUAUCUAUAUCAUACAGACCGGAACAAAAGACGUUAACAACAACAUCAUGGAGCUGCUCAUCAUGGCGUACGCAUGCAAAACCUCGUCCGCAAAAUCGAUCGUCGGCGUGAUUCCGUAUCUGCCGUACUCGAAGCAGUGCAAAAUGCGCAAACGGGGCUGCAUCGUGUCGAAGCUGCUGGCAAAGAUGAUGUGCACGUCCGGACUGUCCCACAUCAUCACGAUGGAUCUGCACCAGAAGGAAAUCCAGGGCUUCUUCGACUGUCCCGUGGACAAUUUGCGCGCCUCACCGUUUCUGCUUCAGUACAUUCAGGAAAGCAUACCGGACUACCGGAACUCGGUGAUCGUCGCCCGUAAUCCGGGCUCGGCUAAGAAAGCUACCUCGUACGCGGAACGGUUGCGUCUUGGCAUUGCGGUCAUACACGGCGAGCAAAAGGAAUCGGAAGCGGACGAGGUGGACGGACGUAACUCGCCACCGACGCUACCGAAGUCACGCACGAUGGAUGUGUCGGGCGGGGUACCGAUACAUCCGGCGAAGGAAAAACCACCGAUCAACGUGGUCGGUGACGUUGGUGGCCGGAUCGCCAUCAUGGUGGACGAUAUGAUUGACGAUGUGCAAUCGUUUGUGGCGGCGGCCGAGGUGCUGAAGGAUAGGGGAGCGUAUAAGAUCUACGUCCUUGCCACGCACGGCCUGCUCAGCCAGGAUGCGCCCCGGCUGAUCGAGGAUUCGGCGAUCGAUGUAGUGGUCGUGACGAACACGAUACCGCACGAAAUACAGAAGAUGCAGUGCCACAAGAUUAAAACGAUCGAUAUCAGUAUUCUGCUGGCGGAAGCGAUCAGGCGCAUACACAACAAGGAAUCAAUGUCCUAUCUGUUCAAGAACGUUACGCUAGAAGACUAGAGGCAGCACACGCAUCACACACGCCCUACACGACACACUCUCCACAUGUGCAAUGUGUGUUUUUUCCUUUAUAUUUUUUAGAUUUUUAGUUUUUUAGUGUUUUUUUUUCUACGCUAACUCUACCUGGUGUCUUUGCCGUAAAGCAUUUACACACAUAAUUAAACACAUUUAAAAAAACAUAUUCUCUCGAUGUUUGCAACAGUGAAGAGAUAUACGUAAACAGGCGCGACAACAGGGACCAAAACUAGCCACCACAACCAACCUCCAUUUUUCUCAAUGGUUUUAUCUAUUAUUUUACUAACUUUUGUUCAGUGUGUGUUCGCAUUUUUUUUGUUCAUUCAAUCGUGUAAUGCAUCAUGCUAAUUGAAGCUUUCUUUCAUUCUCAGCUUCUUCCGUUUACGUUCACCGUGUGUUGCCCUGGUUGCCUAGCACACUUCCCCAACAUACCAGUACACUAACACACAUACACACAGCAAAACGAAAGCUCAUAAAUAUGAUAGCAUAGUCAAUAUAGUGUAGCAUUAAAGUAAGGAUCUUGCUUGAGGCAACGAUCUAUAAAACAAAAACAAAAAACAAAAUAUUAGCAAAAGCAACAUACAAAAAAACCUAAUACAGGUUGCGAAGAUUGUGCAAAACAAAAAAAACAAAGCGUAAGUCUAUGAAACAAAGAAGAAGAAGAAGAAGAAAAUGUACCAACCUAUUUUAGUCUUCUCAUUUUUCCCUUUUUGUUUUUAUCUUUUUUCCCUCAAUUUUGUUUUCCUUUAUUUCUGUUAAUUCUCUUUGGUAAGAAAAAAAAUAGCAUACGAUGAAAUGUAGGCCGAUCUGCACUGGAUCAAUAAAGUACACUGAAUGAUUUUGGAAUUUUA